GACGUAGGCGGAAGUAUCGCGUCCACAGCUGCAGCUAGCGGCGGCUAAAGCUAAAGGCUAACUCCGCGGAUUUAAAGUAAAAAAGGAGCCGAGGUGAGACACGAACCGAACCGAACCGAGCCAGAACCCGAGACCGAACCAGAACCCGAGACCGAACCCGAGCGGCCCGCGGGCUCAGAGACACAAAGACCCGGAUAAACGUGAAACAGGCAGGGGGCGCUGGGAGGAUUGCGGGAUGGGGCCGGAGCGCGUCUUUCCGAGCUCGGAUGACGAGGUUCGUGACGAGGAGCGGUUUCCCCCGGCGACGGCGUGGAGCGAGGAGGAGGAGGAGCCCAACGUGGCGGGGGGCGGGGCCUAUCACUACCAGCCCCUGAACCAGGAACCGACCGGCAACGAGCCAAUCAACGACGAGGACGAGGAGCAGGAGGCGGAGCCAGAGCCCACGCUGCAGCAGAGGAUGGAGGUGAUGGGGCUACACCUGCCCGAAGCUCCGCCCCCUGAGGCCGAGGACGAGGACCGUGAUUGGGCCGAGGCUCAGAGAAGCCGCGCCUCUAUUCCCAUGGACGCAGACCACGUGGAGCUGGUGAAGAGGACCAUGGCGUCUCUGUCCUUCCCGUCCCUCGGAGUCCCGCCCUGGGCCCAGCAGAUCUCAGACGACCAGUGGAAAGACCUGGUCCAGACCACCCUCCAGAGGCACCAGAAGAAAUGAACCUGGACCAGGACCAGGACUAAACCAGGACUAAACCAGGACUAAACCAGGACUAAACCAGGACUAAACCAGGACUGAACCAGGACUGAACCAGGACUAAAACUGGACCAGGACCAUGGGACAGAACUACACUACACUUAAAAAAACUUUAAACUGAACUUUUUUGAUUUUAAGUUUGUGCUGAAGAAAAAACGAGUUUAGAAACUUCUGCAGCAGAAAAAAUGACUUUAUGUAUAAAAAAAAAUAAAAGUUUAAUAAAAUAGAA